AUUCGAACAUCUGAUCAAAUUCAAAAAUGGUCGGUUGCUGUGGCUGAUAAAAAAUAUUGUUUUGUUUCACAAAGUUACUCUAAUUUGCCCGCAAAUUGUUUUAUUGAAUAGCAAAACCAGAUUUUUGUAGUUUAUUGGGUUUGUUGUGUAUCACUUCUAAAGAAAAAAUGCCUAGGACCAAACGACCGGUGAGGAAACAGGAGAAAUCAGCCGAAGAUGACGAUACCUUGAAGAAACUAAAUAAACUUGUGACCGAUCAGAAGAAUAAGAUUGACUCUAGAACGCACAUGGAAAUUCGAAACGUGGAACUGGCAUUUAAGAUUUUAUUAGGCUCUAUCAGCAAUGUAUACUUGCAGAAGACUGUUGGACAACUGAAAACCGAACUACACUUGAAAGAAGUAACCAACGCUAGGCAGACCAGACACUCAAGUCGGUCUGCUUCUCAUGAUGAUGGGUACCUCACGGAGAACUCCGCGCAGGGCUCCGGCGAGCGAGGCGCCAAGAAGACUGCGGCGCCGCCGCCCAGUAGCUCCCGCUCGGCCGGGCGCCGCUCGCGUUCCGCCGACGCAUCGCAGCGCCUCCGCCCGCCCACCGCCGCCAAGCCGCAGCGGCGCCGCUCGCGCUCCGUGUACCGCACGCCCGCCUACAACAAGAACGCGCCCAACAACUACCCCGCCAUCACGCCCAAGGUGACCCCACAAACGCCGCUGACGGUGCUGCGGCAGCCGCGACAAGGAGAGAUGGUGGUGUCUAUGUCUGGCUCACCAGUCAUGGUGCCUUCAUGCUACACCAUGCAACAAGAAGAGAAGGCCAACUGUAACAUCCUCCUCCAAGAUGGCACCAUGCUGUCUCUGCAGCCCAAACAGCUGAGGCAGUCGCAGGCUUAUAUCCCAUUCGCAUUGAUGGACGCCAACGUGUUAAGCCAGCUGCGCACGCUCAAGGACAAUCUGGAUAAAGUGGUGCGACUCGGGGAGAAGGCCAUCAAGUGACCAGUGCGUUUUUAUUAUUAGACUGUAUUCUAGAUUGUAGAUGAUAAUAAGGCAAGGCUAUUCAAAAGCACGCAGUGGCCCGGAAAUUGGACACCCCUACUAAAGGUCAUAGCACACAUAUCAACCUGAAAAGGCAUCAACACCGUAUCGCCAUUCGUUCGUUCGUUU